AUAAAAAGGCGUUAUUGAAAGAGGUUGAAAAGCCUAGACUAGCCUAUCCUAUACGUAACAGUUAUUAUUAUUUUCUUCAAUUUCCGAACAUGUGGUAACACCGGGUGUCAUUCUGACACGUCAGUUGUCAGUUGUCAAUUUAAGCAGAAUUUUCUAUCGUUUGUAAAAGAAGUAGAAAAAGUCGAACGUAAAAGCAAACAAACCGAAAUUAGUUGAUAAUUAUUCAUAUAAACCAAAGAUAUUGCUCGCAUUCCUUUUCAAUUGUGUUUACGCUAAAACCCCUAUAUCAAAGGCAUUGCGUGGCACAAGCGAAAUUCUCCGAAACAUAAUUGUAUAAAGAGAUUCUACAGCUGUUUUUAACUAGUACAAGUUACCAUGCAUCUACACGCACAACGAUGGAGUUUUGUAGCGGUUUCACUAGCGAUCUUGCUUUGUAUUUCCUGCCGUUUUGGAAACGCUGUGGAAUUCACCUUUGAUUUAGCGGAUAAUUCUGAGGAUUGUUUCUAUGAAGAAGUACGUCGUAAUACGACAUGUUACCUGGAAUUUCAAGUAUCCGCUGGUGGUCAAUUGGAUGUAGAUGUGACACUAACCAGUCCACAUGGGAAAGUGUUAUACGAACAACAGCGUUCAACGUUCGACAGUCAUCAAUUCACGGCGGAAGAAACGGGUGUAUACAAAGUGUGCUUCAGCAAUCAAUUUUCAUCAUUUUCUCACAAAAUUGUGUAUGUUGACUUCCAAGUAGGAGAUGAGCCGGCAUUGCCAGGUAUCGAUGAACAUGCUACUGUGCUGACACAAAUGGAAACGUCUUCUCAAUCGAUACACAAGAGUCUCAAUGAUAUUCUUGAUGCCCAAACACAUCAUCGUUUGAGUGAGUCUAAGGGACGUCGAAGGGCUGAAGAACUAAAUGAAGCCGUAAAUAUGUGGUCAGUUCUUGAGACAGCAAUUGUCAUGAUUAUUGGAAUUGGUCAAAUAGUUAUCUUGCGCAGCUUAUUUUCAAAUCCUAAGCCAAGUGAAUCUCGAUACAAUCAGUUGCGGUAGAAAAAUAAAUUAUCUAUUACUAUUCAAAACGUGAAAGUAUGAAUUAAGAUGCGAAUUGGACGAUAUGCAUAGAAAAGUACAUACAAUUAUCAAAAAGAAAUUGGUUCACCUUACGCUUAUAAGUUUGUUUUCUUUUUCCUAUACCUACUUGUAAAAACAUAGAUAACUAUAAUUUUUAAAACCAUUUAUGAUUUGGUUAUAUUCAGUACCAAUUGUAAUAAAUAGUUUCUAUAGCCGA